AUGGUAGCUGAACCUGUGAAAAGACCACUUAAAAGUAAUGGUGGAAGACCCCUACUUCUGAGGCAUACAGGUGGUAUAGGUGGUGGUAGGGAUGAGACUCUUAGUAUUAGGGCUGGAAGAGGUAGUGCCAGUGUUGUAGGUGACUCUGUUGGUACUAGUAGGGGUGGAAGAGGUAGGGGUGGUAGAGGUGCUAGUAAAGAUAAAGAUAAAGGUCUUGCUAGGGGUGGCAGAAGUAGAAGUGGUGUUGUUGCCACUGUUGCAGUUGAUUUUGAUGCUGCUAGAGCUGUAGCUUGGGCUGCAAGUGAUGGGGCAGGUGGUUUUAGGGCUGCAAGUGGUUUCAUGGCUGCUGCUAGGAAUGCAGGUGGAUUUAUGGAUGGUGCAAGGGCUAUAAGUGAUAUUAUGGCUGCAGGUGGUUUAAGGGUAGCAAGAGGUGGUUUUAGCAUAAGAUAUCAUGUUGGUAAUCAUUCACAGAACAUAGCGAGGUACUUCAUGGAUAUUCGUACCUCUUCUCACACCUAUGCAACUGGAGGGACAUCAUACAACGAGAUGUGGGGUGGCAGAAGUAGAAGUGGUGUUGUUGCCACUAUUGCAGUUGAUUUUGAUGCAACUAGAGCUGUAGCUAGGGCUGCAAGUGAUGGGGCAGGUAGUUUUAGGGCUGCAAGUGGUUUCAUGGCUGCUGCUAGGAAUGCAGGUGGAUUUAUGGAUGUUGCAAGGGCUACAAGUGAUAUUAUGGCUACAGGUGGUUUAAGGGCAGCAAAAGGUGGUUCUAGCAUAAGAUAUCAUGUUGGUAAUCAUUCCCAAGUUAAUGGAUCUUAA